AUGUCCCGCCUGAGAACGUUAUGGUUGGACUCAGUGAGAGGCACCUUUGAGGAGGAGGGGGCCUGGGACGGACUGCGAGACCUUACCUUCCUGAGUUACAACGCAUCGCUGCUCAGCUCUAACACAAGUGCAGAGUUAAAGAGCAACUCUUCCACUAGGGGGCACUCACACUCCCGAAAGAAAUUCAACCUGCCAUCUCUGCAAACACUACAGAUCAAAGUUUCUUUAGAUGUGUGUUUGUUAUAUUCUCAAGAUUUUCUCAAAGGUUUAGACAAUUUAAAGGAAUUUACAUCAUUUGAUUUGUUAUGGAAACCUCAUAUAGAAACAUUCCGUAACACUCCUCAAUUAAGAUCUCUCAAUAUGUACAGUAAUGGCGAUUUGAUUUUAGACUCUGAGCUUUUCCAACCAAUCAGACACUUAGAAAGUCUGAUAUUGGCACAAAACUACCUUAAAUCCCUGGACUUUCUUUCUCAGGCUAAUCUGACUGAGCUGCAGACACUGCAUUUAAGGGCCAAUGAUCUGACUGUAAUAAAUGAGGCUGUUUUUGAAACGCUCCCUUCACUGAAAUACCUCGAGUUAUCAGACAAUCCUUUUGCCUGUAACUGCUCCAAUGCUGGCUUUAUCCACUGGGCGCUCACAAAUAAACAGGUAUUUGUGGAUGGUGCGUACCAAUACAGAUGUGCGUCUCCUCUGUCUCACAAGGGACUGUUGCUGUUUGAUUUCAAUGUCCAGUCCUUGGCCUUGGUUCUUAUCACUCUCCUGGCUUAUAUGUACCACAGUAAAAAGAGAAGACAGGACUAUGCACACACCUACGACGCCUUUGUCUCCUACAAUGUUCAUGAUGAGGACUGGGUUUACAAAGAGCUGGUCCCAGAGCUGGAGGAAAGACAGGGGUGGAGGCUGUGUCUGCACCACAGAGACUUCGAACCAGGAAAAGCCAUUGUGGAGAAUAUCACUGAUGCCAUCUACAGCAGCAGGAAGACUCUGUGUGUGAUCAGCCACCAAUACCUGGGGAGUGAAUGGUGUUCCCGCGAGAUUCAGAUGGCCAGCUUCCGUCUGUUCGAUGAGCAGAAGGAUGUUUUGAUCCUGUUGUUUUUGGAGGAGAUUUCGCCCAAUCAGCUGAAUCCGUUCUAUCGUAUGAGGAAGUGGCUGAGGAGCCGCACGUACCUGAGCUGGAGCCAGGCCCGCAGCCACAGGGGGCUGUUCUGGGAGAGGGUCCGGCGCGCGCUGCAGUGUGGAGCGGAGAUCUCCAACAACCCCCUGCAUGUUCAGGUUUAG